UUUUCCAAUACGCUUGAAACAGAACUUGUCCCUUUUCAAGAUUGAACACGUUUACCAGCAACAUGAAAAGCAAACAAUUGAAAUCGAACCCUUUGUCUUGAUUUUAUUACAACCACAAGAUGAUCUGAGCCAGCCCAUACGCCUACCAUUCCGUAAACGAAAACUGAAACCAAAAAAACGUACAAUUCAUUGUUCUGACGCUUCCGCAACGUUGACGCACUAUCUGAGGGCCACAUUCAACGGGAAAAAUGCCACUCACGUUUUCUGGCUGGGAGGUGGUUGAUGAUGGAGCCUCUUUUCAAGGCGUGCUGCUCGGGGCAUCGCAGAAGCCUCAAAGAAGGGGAGUCUACAAGAUGUUUCAUGGAACCAGUGUUGCCUGUGCACGCCUCAUCAUUGCCAAUGGUUUUAAACAGUCAUCUACUGGGUUGCUCGGCAAGGGCGUGUAUGUGAGCCGUGAUCAGAAAAAAGCGCAAGCCUAUCCAAGAAAUGCUUCUUCGUCUGAUCGUGUAGUCUUUGAAUUAAGUGUCCGUGUUGGGCGUGUGAAGCGUAUUGACAAGGACAACCAUCCUUUGCUAUUAACUUGGAGCUCCAAUGGCUACGACACUGCUUGGAUACCCCCCAAUUGUGGCAUGCAGUGUGUGCCCAGUGGUCUAGAGGAGGACUGUGUGUUUGAUCCAAAAAGAGUGAAGGUGGUGGGCAUCGCACACGCACCAAAUCCCACUAUAGAGAAAGAGCUUCAACAACUUCUGGCAAGAGCAUCCAAACCAUCAAGUCAAGGAGCAGGUGCUGUAAAACCGUGUUCCAUUUGUAAAAGAAAAACCCAGCAGGGGUCACCCCACAUUAUACAACAGUGUUGGAAGUGUGGUCAAAACAUCUGUAUUGUCAUGGCCAAGCACUUUUGUCCUUAACAGCAGAAGGUGAAAUAAAAGAUGGAGAAAAAGACCAUUUUGAUCACAGUUUUAUUUAUUAGAAUUGCCUUUGCCUUUUGAAUUGGAUGUUGGUUGGGUAAACAACAAAAUGACCAAAAAAAGUAUUUGGCAGGAAAACCAUGUCACAAAUGUCAUAGAUUAUUUUACGUUUGAUGGUGCUGACUCAAUUUUUUAACAUUUCCGAUGUCAGUGUCAAAGUUAAAUUAAUGACUUCUUCAAUUACAACCGUUUUGAGUAUGUAGUCAUGAGGUAACACGUUUUUGAAUUGUCUGUAUUUCUGACAUUUUGUAUUUCAUUCUGUGUUCACUUUUUUGUUUUGAUCCUCUGUGAAAUUUCUGAAGGCCUUUGAACUGUGUUCGUCAGUCUACUUAAUGUAUAAAAGGGCGUCCUUCUAAUCUGUUUUAUUGGAAAAUAAUUAACCUAUUGAUUGAUCAACAGAUGAUGUGCAAUAAAGUUUUCAAUUGAACUUGC